UUUUUUUUUUUUCCUCUUUCUUUCACUCUUUGUCUCCCUACUCUUUUUCAUUAUAUACAACAUCAUGUUGGCCGCCACUCGUAAAGCAUUCACUUCUAUUCCCAACGUUGCCUCCAAAGCUACUUACGCCACUGCUUCUCAAGCUGUCCAAAUUUCCACUGCACAAAACGGUAUCAAGGUGGCUGCUGUCGAAGAUGCUGGUCAAACCGCUGGUUUAUCUAUUGUCGUGAAUGGUGGUGCUCGUCUUGAAAAGGGUUCCAAUGCUGGUGUUGCUCACUUUUUGAAGAACUAUGGUUUCAAGAACAAUACUAGUCGUACCGCUUUCCGUGUUGCUCGUGAAGCUGAACUGUCCGGUGCUGUUUUAUCCUCCAACUUGACCCAUGAAUCUCUUGUUUACUCUGCUGAAUUCUUGACUGAAGAUGCUGAACAUUGUGCUGAACUCUUGGGUGAUGUUGUUAGCAAGCAAAAGUUCCAAGAUCAUGAAUUCCUUGAUGUUGCCAAGCAAACUGCUGCUGAAUCUACUAGUGCUUUGGCCACCCCUGAAGUUGUUGCUAUUGAAGCUGCUCAUCAAGUAGCAUUCCGUUCUGGUUUGGGUAACUCUAUCUUUGCUCGUCCUUCUAGCAAGGUGAACAAUGCUGCUGUCAAGGCAUUUGCCACCGAAGCUUUCACUCAAGGUAACAUUGCUCUUGUUGGUAAUGGUUUGGAUCUCGCCACUGUUGAACGACUUGCUUCUUAUAUUCAAGUUCCUGCUGGUCAAUCCUCCACUUUGGCUUCCAAGUACUAUGGUGGUGAAUCUCGUAUCGAUCAAGGCACCGGUGCUGGCCACUACGUUUUGGCUUUUGAAGGUGCUGCCGUUGACUCUACUGAUUUUGCUGCUGCUCAAGUACUUCACUUUGCCCUUGGUGGUGCCCAACACAUUAAAUCCGCCCCUGCCUCCGGUCUUCUUGGUCAAACUUCUGCCAAGCUUGCUGAAGGUACUCAAAUCAAGGCUUUCAACUUUGGUUACUCUGAUGCUGGUCUCUUUGGUGUUUACAUCUCUGCUCCCUCUACUGAUGCCACCUCUUCUGCUGUCGCUGCUGCUGCUGAACAAUUGAAGGCUGUUGCCAACGGUUUGUCUGCUGAAGAUUUCCAACGUGCUGUUGCCCAAGCUAAAUUCGCUGCUGCUUCUUCCUUUGCUACUCGUCUUGAUCGUCUCGAAACUGUUGGUGCUCAAGCUCUCCGUUCUGGAAAGUAUACCUCUGCAUCUGAUGUCGCUGCUUCUUUGGAUAGCCUCUCUGUUGCUGAUGUUGCCAAGGUUGCCCAACAAGUAUUGAAGAGCAAAGCUACCACUGUCGCUCUCGGUGAUGUCUACAACCUUCCUUAUGCUGAUUCUAUCUCCCUUUAAGUUUUUUUCUAUUUUAUUUUUCUUUUGAACAUCUUCCUUUCCCACCUUUUUUUUUUACAAAAUAGCAUCUAUUAGUUAGUUUAUUUACUUAGAAAUAAAAACUCCUCUUUUACAAAACAAAACAAAA